AACUGAAUCGCCGGCAGUAAAAAUAAAAAAGAAGAAGAAGAAAACCGCGAAAACAUCACCGGCUUCAAUUUUUCUCUCUUUCGCCGGCGGCGGCUUUUGAUCGUCAUAAAGUACCUCUUUGAAGUCCACGUGUCUACCGGGAUCUGACUUUUCCAACGACAUUUCCACAUGGAAGCUCACGGUGCUGGUCUCCGCCGUGUCCUUGUCCUCGCCUUCUGUGUCGCCGGAAUCUGGUCCGCUUAUAUUUAUCAAGGCGUUCUACAAGAGACUGUGUCAACAAAACGGUUUGGUCCUAACAAUGAGAGGUUUGAACACUUGGCAUUCCUAAAUCUGGCGCAAAAUGUAGUUUGUUUGGUAUGGUCAUUUAUAAUGAUUAAGAUUUGGUCUAAUGGGAAGAGUGGUGGUGCUCCUUGGUGGAGUUAUUGGAGUGCUGGUAUAACAAAUACUAUUGGUCCUGCAAUGGGGAUUGAAGCACUAAAAUACAUCAGCUAUCCUGCACAGGUCUUGGCAAAAUCAUCAAAAAUGAUUCCUGUAAUGUUCAUGGGAACGCUAGUUUAUGGCAUAAGAUACACGAUUCCAGAAUAUGUAUGCUCUCUACUUGUUGCUGGUGGUGUUUCACUAUUUGCACUCUCAAAGACUAGCUCGAAAACCAUUAGUAAAUUGGCACAUCCAAAUGCUCCACUUGGGUAUGGGCUGUGCUUCCUGAACCUCACCUUUGAUGGUUUCACCAAUGCUACUCAGGAUUCGAUUUCAGCAAGGUAUCCUAAGACAUCUGCAUGGGAUAUUAUGUUUGGAAUGAAUUUAUGGGGUACCAUUUACAAUAUGAUGUUCAUGUUUGGCUGGUCAACUGCCAGCGGCUAUGAGGCAGUUCAGUUCUGUAAGCAGCAUCCAGAGGCAGCAUGGGACAUUCUUCUUUACUGUCUGUGCGGCGCUGUGGGACAGAACUUCAUUUUCCUAACCAUUAGUCGAUUUGGUUCUCUGACCAACACAACCAUCACUACAACACGCAAGUUUGUGAGCAUAGUAGUAUCUUCUGUGUUAAGUGGCAAUCCACUGUCAGAAAAGCAAUGGACAAGCGUCGGCAUGGUGUUCUCCGGAUUAUCUUACCAGAUUUACUUGAAGUGGAGGAAGUUGCAGAGAAUGACAAAGAAGAGGAAGCCCCUGUAAAUGUUAUAUAAAUCUUUUUAUCUGAGGAUACAGUUCUGUAAUAUUUAGUCAUUUUUUCUCCUGUUGUAUUUCCAGCAUCCCAGGAGGGACAACACUUCCAUUAUUGGACAAGAUAAUCAAAAAGAAUUAGCACAUUUGUAGAAUGUUAGCCCAUUUUUGUAGUUGUUUCAUAUAUUAAUUAAACAGUGUUUAAGACCAUAAACAGCUCAGAAGCUAUAGCAUUACUGAUAUUUUAUAUAACGUA